AUGGCACCACGUGGGCUACCUCCACAGGGAACCCUUUUGACACCGCCGGGGGCCAGCAACAGCGACCUUCGGAACAACCCCAGAAUUCCUGGUCCCGGCCCGGUGACGGCCUUUGAUCUAUCCAGCAGAAGGUCGGAGCCCUGCGAGAUAAUGGAGAAGAUCCCGCCAAUUACUGGCAAGCGGCGGGGGGGCAAUAGGAAGGCGUGUAAUGAAUGUAAGCAGCAAAAGCUUCGGUGUGACAUUGUCCAAACACCUGCGGAAGCAUGCUCGCGAUGUAUGCGGCUUGGAAUCGAAUGCAAGAUUGAAACGUCGUUCAAGCGGAUCUCCAAGCGAAGACGAAAUGCUGAGAUGGAAAGGGAGAUUGCGGAUCUCCGUCGACGACUUGCCAAUGGUGAGCAGCCUCAGGUUAGCGACGAAAUGUCGCAGUGUUCUGAGGAUGCUUCGUACUGUGAGCCUGAUUCCGCGGUGUCUAAUAGAGGACGACCCCUUUCUGUUCCUGUGGAGCCUCAGUCGUUGGCAACCCCAUUGACUGUGCAGAGAGAUGGAUCCAUUGUCUCACCGGGAGAUAGUCCAUGGAAACUGGAGGAUGUUUCCCUAUCAAGAGCAAGGGUAGCUCGAUUAUUUGAACAAUUCUUCAAGUACUAUCAUCCUUUUCUUCCUCUCCUGGAUCCACACAAGGGUCCCGAUGAAUACCUUCAUCGAUCCUCCCUUCUUGCAUGGACUAUCAUUUGUGUUGCUAGCCGACGAGCUCCAUCAGAACCAGGUCUCCUUAGCUCACUCUCCGGCCCCUUCAGCAGACUUCUCUGGUCGACCAUCACAGGUGUUCCCCAGGAUUACCAUGUGGUCAAGGCUCUUUGUCUUCUAUGCACUUGGCCACUUCCUACAACCAGCCAAAGGACUGAUGCUACUUUUAUGCUGAGCGGACUCAUGAUGCAGAUUGCCAUGCAAUUGGGGUUGCAUCGUCCAGUUCAAGCGGAAGAAUUCACAACUUUUCGGAUGGAAGUGCAAGGGGAAGCCCUCAAGGCCCGAUUACAGACUUGGGUCAUCUGCAACAUAGUGGCCCAGAAGUUACCAACAGUUCUUGUUAGUGUUGCUACCGGAUAUGGACAGCCCCCGGGCACGAUCUACGAUUGGGCAUUAGAGCCUGCCUCUCUAAGAGAUGCCGACUACCAUCUCCCAGAAGACUUACAUACUCGCCUACGCAUUGAAAAGUUCUGUGACAGAGUGACCAAGGCUCUGUACAGCAGCAAACCAGAGCCUGCUGAGUUCAUCAGCUCAGAGAAGCUUUUGAUUGUGCAACUUCUCGAGAAUGAGCUCAAGGAGAUGGAAAUGGAUUUUGGCCGAGACAUUUCCCGUACGAACGCCUGGGUUCAGGACCAUCUUCCUUGUCAAGCUAACUGGUCAUCAGAUAUUAACAUGAUCCAUUUACGAGCGGCCGAAUUGCAUUUGAGAUAUUUUGUAUUUUUAGGUUCCAACCCACGAAGCGAUGAUUUAACGAAACUUUUCAUUGCGACAACAUCAUUCUUGGGCCGUGUGCUCGACCUCGAAACGUCCCCUGGGGAACUGAUCGGGCAUGCCACGAAUUAUAUCCUGCAGAUGAUAGUGUCCGCUGCCUUUGCGCUGAUGAAGCUGCUGAAGAGUACAUUUAGCCGCCAUAUCGAUUUUGACCAUGGAAAGUUACUUUUCAACGGGGCUAUUUCGGCUAUCCGAAGGAUUAGUGUGAUGGACCACGAUCGACCGGUCCGUCUGGCCGAUAUUUUGGCGCAGAUGUGGAAUACGGGUAGCUCAGAGGCUACCAUCGGAGAGGAUAUGUUGCAACUCAAGGUACGAUGUCGGAUGAGUAUGAGCCACGUUUAUGACACUGUUUGGCGUUGGCGACAACGAUUCCGACCCGUGAAAAGCAUCGAAGAUAUGCAAUCUACCAUGGGCAAUCCGAACAUGUCGACGGCGGCAGGUCCCCUUUCUCGACAGCAGGAGAAUUCAUUGGAUGACCCAGGGUUGAUAAUGCCAACGAAUUUUGACCAAGGCGGAUUUCUCAGCGAAACGGGCUUUUCCGAAGUUUUCGACUCUCUCAACUGGGUCUUUGACGGGAUUCCUGAUUCUUUUGUUGCACCUCCGGUCAUGUAG